CUGAAGAGCGUGCCAAAGGGCAGCCUGCCUGGUGCUGAGGGAAGGAGGGGGCACCCAGACUCAGAGCACCCCACCUUUGGGGGCCAGCAGACAGCCGUGAUGCUCAACUGGAAGCUGCUGGGCCUCCUGGUCCUUUGCCUGUGUGCCGGAGGCAUCUCAGGCAUUGAGGACCAUCCCUCUCCCCAACCAACGGAAGCCCCGGAGGAGGAGGAGGACUCCUCAACAUUACCCCUGGGCCCCCCAAUUCCUGGUGACCCCUGGCCAGGGGUACCCCCUCUGUUUGAUGACCCUACACCUCCAGGCCCGAACCGUCCCUGGAGAGAUCUGCCUGACACCGGUGUCUGGCCCCCGGAGCCUCCUAGUACUGAUCCCCCUCAACCUCCCCGGCCUGACGACCCCUGGCCAGCAGGACCACAGCCCCCAGAAAACCCCUGGCCACCCGCCCCUGAGGUAGACCACGGCUCUCACGAGGAGCCAGACCUUGACCCACCCCGGGAAGAGUACAGAUAGUGAGGAUUCCCGAGGGGACUUGGGUCUCCAGCAGAACUCACCCAAGCCCGUCUCUUCCCUCUGCUUCCCCUUAAAAUCUCCAUUUCGCCCAAUUCCUAAAUUUCAUUCCUCGUUCCUCAGUCGUAUUCUGCGUUCAGAAGGGGUCUGCAGUGCUUUCUGCCCCGCUUGAGGGCUGAGCUCAACCCCACAUUGCCCCUCCACUUUUCUAGGAUUGCAUAGGCACACACUUCUCCUUCACCCCACC